AUGACGUCGUCGACUAAGUACGAGUUCCUGUGCAUCGUGCCCGAUAAACCGGGUGCGCUGGCCAAGCGGCUGGAGGUGAGAGGGCAGCAUCUGGAGGAAGUGAAGCCGCUUGUUGCGGGUGGGAGUGUGCUAAUGGGUGGCGCCAUGUUCGAGUCGCAUGCUGCUGAGGGCCAGACGCCUGCUUUCAAGGGCAGUGCGUUGCUGCUCAUGGCGGAGAGCGAGGAGAAGGCGCGCGAGGCCCUGAGCCAGGAUAUCUACUCCAAGACCGGGGUGUGGGAUCUCGAGAAUGCGCAGAUUAUUCCGUUUAAAUGUGCUGUUCGGACGGGAAUGUGA